AUGGCACACGGUCUGGGCGCGAGAGCGGCUCAAUACAAGGCACGCAUCGACGACCUUGCAAUUCGAGGGUCUGAGUCGAUGCGGAUCCUCUCAAAUGUGCUCGACAAAAAAGCGAACCUCCCAACAAGAGUGUCGUACUUGAGCAGGCCGAAAAUGCACAUACCUACGCCGAUUGGGUUCGAAGCAGAUUCUCACUCCACGUUGCGGACCGCCGACGAGGUCAUCGCCGCGGUGAGUGCAGCCUCUGACAGAAGCGAGAAAGGCAUCUGCAUCGUCGAAAAUAUCUCACCGACCUAUAUCUUGGAGCUGGGAGCUGCCUGGGACGUCGAUCCAGAAUUUUUCGCCCGCCAUGCCGCCAGUCCUCGGCCGCAAGACCUGUGGGUGCACAGAAAGUGGGAAAAGAAUGGAACGCCCCCGGAUGCACAUCAUCUCUCUGGGGUCUACGAAUGCGGUGGCCCGGCUUGGACUGAGACCGCUGUGAGAAAGCUCUCGGUCAACUACUGCGACAGGGUCAUCCACAAAGACUCUGGCUGGCCUGUCAAUCUGAGCACGGUCAUGUCUUACUGCAUCGUGGCAUCGCAGAGACAGCGAGGUACUUACCUCCUUCUUGUUGACCCUCCACUGAAAAUGCCAAUGUCGCCUACGUCGAGCAGCAACGUGCACACCGCGUGCGACAUGACUCUACGCUUUCCGUACGCCGGGAACCGAGGAGGACUACUGAUGCCACUGGAUCUCCCCGGUGAGGAGGAGCACAGGAGUCUUUUCGACGCCGUCGAACACAUGCUCCGCCAACAUCCCUGGCAGCUGGACCUCAUUCUACACAGACCCUCGGCGUUCCCCGGCGUUCCCUUUCUCUACCUCAUGGCGAGCUCCCUCUCCCAAGACCUUCUGCAAAGUCUGCGGAAACGCCUUCACAAGAUUAGCUUUCUCGACGUGCGCAGGCCUGACUGGAACCUCACGGACCGUCUGCACGACAUCCGGCAGGAGCUCAACACGAUCCAGGCCUCGCUGCAAGAAACGGAGGCGUACGAGCCGACGCUCGUCGAAGACUUCUUCACGGACCUCAAGAACGACGUCCCCAAGGACGAACACCGCAAGGUCUUCCGGCGCACGCCCGGCGAGCGCCUCCGGGACCUCCUGGGAGAGGCGAACCAAACGCACAAACUCGUCCUGGAGACCUUUGACAUCCUGAUCGGCACCACGGCAGUCCUGGACAGCAAGGAGAGCAGGAGACAGACGGAAGAGAGCCUGAAACAGACGCGCCAGACGAUCCUGCUGACGGGCCUCGCCACCGUCUAUCUGCCGCUUUCGCUGGCGACGAGCGUCUUCGGCAUGAACUUGAAGGAGAUGACAGGUUCUGGUCCGCACGCGUGGACGUUCGCGGUUACGGUCGCUGGUCUGGUUGCCGCGACCGUGAUUAUCUUUGGAAGCCUCUUUUUCAAAGGAGUCAUUAUACCGGUAAAGCGCUUAUGGAACGGAUCCGAGAGGGAAGACCGAUAG